AGACAUCCAUGGUUAUGGCCACGCCAGGCAUCGCCGAACCCGGUUGUUGAUGCUUAAAGGAGAAGGUGGAAAGUAGUAGUACCUGAGAACCAGCGGAUGAAGGUUAAGAAUGAAACGAGAAAGAGGACCACCCGGGGAUUUUGCGAGGUUGCAUUGAGCACAAUUGGAUUGUUUUAUUUGUUGGUGUAUUUUUGGGGGGGAAUUAAUUAUUUUUUGAACACCCACACAGGGUGUUUUGUCAUAUGUAGUAGCAGGGCAACGGUGCUAUUAGCAUUUUUCCUGCACGUUGAUGUGACGGCAGAGCAAAGGGGAGUUAAAUGAAAGCGAGACAGGGUGUCUCAAUGGACUGGAUUGGGUAAGAAGUAUAGAGUAGAAGUAGGUAGGAAGGAGUAAUAGU